UUUAAAUUACAAUGGUUACUUUUAAGCUGAAAAUAACUUCAAAUCCUUUAGAGACUGUGCUGGACAACCGUCUGCAAUAGAAAUCAUGCCUUAGCCUUUGAAAGUCUGUCCUUGCAGAGAUAGUUUAGUAGUUUAACCUGAUAACAACCCCUAAACAUCAAAACAACUAGAUUUCUAAAUCUAAUAGAUCCACAAAUCCCAAGAAGACUAAAAACAUUUAGAAGGUUGCAUUAUCAUAACGAACAACUUAUUUACAAGAAUAAUGAAGUGAAUUUGAAAGAGUUGUUAAGCAAUCCACAAAUUAGGGAAGCAAGUUGUGAAGAAGAUGGAGAGUGAAGGUAAGGAGCUUAUCCCAGCUAUGUUCCCCAACAGUGAUUCCAAACUUCACUUAAAUCCUUUCAAAAUUAAAGCCAGUAUUAAGAAAGUCACUCAGAAACUCCAUGCCAAAGGUAGCUUCAAAGCUCAAGAGAAGGCUGAACCCCAAGAAGGUGCCAAAAGUAGCGACAGAGAACGCCAAGCCUCGCUUAUGGGUGGGCUUACAAUAUUAGGAGACUUUCUUGGGGAUAAUUUCGGGUUUCUGAGCUUAAGGAUUCAGCCCUCAACCUCUUGGUGGUCAAGAUUCAGUAAUAAAUUAAUAAAUGUUUUCAUUAUUUAA